CUUUGUUCGCCACCCUCUCCUUCCUCUCAGCCACGUGAGCCUCACCACUGCCUCCAGGGAUGUGUGAUAACGGAGAUCCCGAGGAUAAACCUCCCGCCCCCCCGGUCAGGAUGAGCAGCACCAUCUUCAGCACCGGCUGGGGAAAAGACUCGCUCUCAGCCAUUCACAGCUCCAAACCUCUGCUGUCUGUGCCCGAGGAGAGGAAACCUCGCAACAAGAUCAUCUCAAUCUUCUCCGGGGCAGAAAAAGGUGGUAGAAAGAAAGAUCGAGACAAAGAACGACCAGAGAUCUCGCCACCAUCAGACUUUGAACACACCAUACAUGUUGGCUUCGAUGCUGUCACAGGAGAGUUCACUGGAAUGCCGGAGCAAUGGGCUCGACUACUGCAGACCUCAAACAUCACCAAGUCUGAGCAGAAGAAGAACCCACAGGCUGUGCUUGACGUUCUCAAGUUCUGUGGCUCAACGGGCAAUGGCCGCCAGAAGUACCUCAGCUUCUCCUCUUCAGAAAAAGACGGGCCUCAGUCUCCGGUGAAAAAAGGAACUGAACCUUCUUCUCCAAACAUCAAAGACAUUGAUGCUGAAGACGACGAUGAUGAAGCUCCGCCCCCCAUAGUUGCUCCAAGACCAGAACACACAAAGAGUGUGUACACUCGCUCUGUCAUCGACCCGAUACCUGCACCGAGCGCCGCCGUGGACGGGGAUGUCGCCUCGAAGGCUGCAGACAGACAGAAGAAGAAGGGCAAGAUGUCGGACGAGGAGAUCAUGGACAAACUGAGAACCAUCGUCAGCAUCGGAGAUCCCAAGAAGAAAUACACCAGAUAUGAAAAGAUUGGCCAGGGGGCAUCAGGGACAGUUUUCACAGCCAUCGAUGUUGCUACAGGACAAGAGGUGGCGAUAAAACAGAUCAACCUUCAGAAGCAACCAAAGAAGGAGCUGAUCAUCAACGAGAUUCUGGUGAUGAAGGAGCUGAAGAACCCCAACAUCGUCAACUUUUUAGACAGGUGA